UAAUAGUUCGACCAAGAUGUGAAUUUGUAUAAUAAUAUUAAAUAAUUUUUCUUGAUUUUUUGUUAUACAUAUAUAUGUAUAUAUACCUUAUAUUUGUUAUACCAUUAAAACAACGUUAUAUAUAUAUUAAAGCACAUAUACACAAGAAAGAAUAAUUUUCAAUGUUUAAUAAAAUUUUAUUAGAGUGAAAGUGAUCAUAUGAUUUGAAGAAAAAAAAAUUUUCCUUUAAAUUUUUUAUAAAUUUCAAAUAAUAUUCUUUUAAAAUUGAUUUAAAAAAUCAAAUUGAAAAAUGGCAAUUGUUGAUAGUACAGAAAGAAGAUCAUCUAAACCAAGAAAAAAGGGACUAGCAACAUUUGAAACAGCAUUAUGUGAAACAAAAUUCGGAAAAUUUAAUUAUAUUUUAAUAUUUUUAUCUGGUGUCAUAUUAGCUAAUGUUCUAUUAGAAACUUUAGGAAUUAGUUUUGUUUUACCAGUGGCACAAUGUGAUUUAAAAUUAACAACACAAAAGAAAGGAAUUUUACAUUCAAUUGGCUUUGCUGGUAUUAUAACAAGUUCACAUCUUUGGGGUUUUCUAGCAGAUACAAAGGGUCGACGUAAAGUUAUUUUACCAACUCUAGUUUCUGGUUUUAUAGCAUCAUUUUUAUCGAGUUUUUCAAAUGAAUUUUGGUCAAUGGUUAUAUUCAGAUAUAUUAAUGGAUUUUUUGUAUCCGGAGGUUCAGCAACAAUAUAUGCAUAUUUAGGUGAAUUUCAUACAGCUAAAACAAGAAGUCGUGCUAUUAUGGGUGCUUCAGUUAUAUUUGGUAUGGGUGCUAUGGUAUUACCAUUAUUAGCAAUGGCAAUUCUUAAUUAUGAAUGGAGUUUUCAUAUUGAUUUACUUGGUAUUGAUUAUAAACCAUGGAGAUUAUUAAUUGUUGUAUUAGGUUUACCUGGUUUAUUAAGUGCAUUAUGUUUAUAUCAAUUACCUGAAAGUCCAAAAUUUGUAUUAUCAAUUGGUAAAGAAGAAGAAUCAUUAAAUAUAUUAAAAAAUAUUUUCGCAAUUAAUACUGGAAAAGAUAAAGAUGAAUUUAGUAUAAUAACAAUAGCACCUGACUUAGAAAGUACAAUACAACGUCAAAAUAUUCCAAAUCUUAAAUCAAAUCCAUUAACAUUUGUUUGUAAAUCAAUGUGGAAUCAAACAGUACCAUUAUUUUCAAAAGAAUUUGUUAGAAAAACAAUUUUAGCAUGUACAAUACAAUUUUCAAUAUUUUUUACAUCAAAUGGUAUGUACAUGUGGUUUCCAUUCAUAUUAAAUACAAUGAUGGAAUAUUCAAAAAAUCAUCCUGGACAAUCAGUAAAAAUGUGUGAUGUUGUUCAUGAAAAAUUAUUAAAAUUACCAAUUGGAGAAACAUUGGAAGAUGAUAGCGAACUUACUUGCAGUGGGAAACUUGAAAUCGAUACAUUUUUACAUUCGCUUACUUUAGAAGUUAUGUAUUCUGUAGGUUUUGCAAUUAUUGGAUUUAUAAUUAAUACAAUUGGAAAACUUCCAAUACUUUUUUUCAUAAUGACUGGAUGCGGUUUAUGUGGUAUAGCAAGCAUAUAUGUAACAACACCAAUUAUAGCCGUAUAUCUUUAUAUUGUAUUAUUAGUAUGUGGUUUAGCAAUAGCAGUUGUUAAUGCUGCUACUGUUGAUUUAUACCCCACACAUUUAAGAGCUAUGGCAAUAUGUAUUUCAUUAAUGUUUGGACGUCUUGGUAGUGCUGUAGGUGCUAAUGUUGUUGGAUCAAUUUUAGAUUAUAGCUGUGAAGGAACAUUUUAUGUUUCUGGAUUAACAUUAAUUUUAGGGGGAUUUUUAGGUUUUCUUAUACCAAAACCACCAGAAAAUAUGGAAUUAAGAUCAAGAGAAAGUAGUCUUGUAUCAAUGACGGGAAAUUCUCCACCUUAAUGUUAAUUAAUAUAACGUAUAUAAUAUGGAUUAAUAUUUAUAAUAUAUAUUCAUUUCAAGUCUGCUUAAAAAUUCACAUAAAUAGUCUGCAUAAAUACAGUAAGGUAUUACUAAUUUUAUAAUCACAUACAUAUAAUUUAUAUAUAAUAUAAAAAGAUUUUCCUGUUCUCAAUUAAUCAUAUAAAGUGCAUAUAUUAUAAAAUUAUAUGAUGGAAAAAACAAUCAAACUAUAAAAGUCUGACUGAUAUCGACAUUAUGAAUAUUUUUUUUAUAUAAAUUUUAAUUUAAGAAAAGUCUGUAAUUUAUUAUGAUUGUAUAUAAAUAGUUAAUUAAGAAGCUGAAAAUAUAAAAAAUCUGAACCAUUAUCAUAUA